AUGGCCCCUGACGCCGCUACGGCGGUGCGGGGGCACCUGGAGGCGGUGUUUGGUGACCACGGGGGUGAUGAGAUCAUCGUGGAGUACAUCACGGCGGUUCUGGCGGACGAGCAGUUCCAGGAGGAGCUCGACAGUGCGGGGGAGGCCGUGUACGAGGCCGUGGGCGAGAUUCUGAUCGACCACGAGAUGGUGGCGGACGAAGCAGCGGCCAGGAAGGCCUGCGUCGACCUCGCAAUUCGCCUGGGUGCGGAGGAGCAGGAGGCCAAGCGCAAGGACCGCGCAGGGACCGACAUGCGCGCCCUGGACUCGGGUCCCGUCCGCAUGGGCGACCUCCAGGGCGACGUGUUGUACGAGAAGCUCAGCGGAAUGCACCUCGUGCAGACGCGCUUCGACGGCGACGGGGAGUUCAGCGUCGGGAACGCGGCGGACCGCGUGAAGCUCGAGCGCCGGCGGGCGCAGGAGGAGGAAGCCGCGAAGAAGAAGAUGAAGCAAGAGAUGGCGCGGGCGACGGCGCACAUGUCGGGCGAGCGGCCGAAGAUCGACCGCCGCGAGGGCUCGAUGGGCGUCCGCGACAUCAACUUGGAGGCCAUCACGGUCUCCAACGGCGGCGCCGACCUCAUCUCGGACGGCUCCGUCGUCCUGGCGUACGGGCGGCGGUACGGCCUGAUCGGGCGCAACGGCACGGGCAAGUCGACGCUCCUGCGCGCGAUCGCCAGCAAGCAGCUCAAGGGCAUGCCGGCGCAGUGCCAGGUGCUGCACGUCGCGCAGGAGGUGGUUGCGGACGAAACGACGGCGCUGCAGAUGGUGCUGUCGUGCGACGUGGAGCGCGCGGAGCUGCUCGAGCGCGAGAAGGUGCUGAUGUCGCAGCUCGGCGGCGAGGACGGCGGGGACGACGCAGCAAUGGCGAAGGAGCUGGAGGAGGUGCACAAGCGUAUGAUUGCCAUCGAUGCGGAGGGCGCGGAGGCGCGCGCGAGCGUGAUUCUCGCGGGGCUGUCGUUCUCCCCGGAGAUGAUGCACAAGCCGACGCGGAGCUUCAGCGGCGGGUGGCGGAUGCGCAUCGCGCUGGCGCAGGCGCUGUUUGUGGAGCCCGACCUGCUGCUGCUCGACGAGCCGACCAACCACCUGGACCUGCACGCCGUGCUGUGGCUCGAGCAGUACCUGCUCGCGUGGCCGAAGACCGUCGUCGUGGUGUCGCACGCGCGGGAGUUUUUGAACGACGUCUGCACCGACAUCAUCCACCUGCACAGCCAGCGGCUCAACCACUACAAGGGCGACUACAACACCUUCCAGGCCGCACGCGCUGAGAGGUUGCUGAAUGAUAAGAAGAAGCAGGAGUCGCACGACCGCAAGCGCGCGCACAUGCAGUCGUUCGUGGACCGGUUCCGCUGCAACGCCAACCGCGCCGCCCUGGUGCAGUCGCGCAUCAAGGCGAUCGAGCGCCUGGGGACCGUCGAGGUCGACGACGACGACCCGGAGUACGUCUUCAAGUUCCCGCAGCCCGACGCCGUCACCGGCAGCCUCCUGUCCUUCCAGAACGUCUCCUUCAACUACGACGGCGGGCCGACGCUCUUCCGCGACAUCGACUUCGGCGUGAGCACGGACUCGCGCUUUGCGCUCGUCGGCGCCAACGGUAUCGGGAAGUCCACGCUGCUCAAGCUCAUGUGCGGGGAGCUCGAGCCCACGUCGGGGCUCGUGCAGCGCAACCCCAAGGUCCGCUGGGCGGUGUUUAGUCAGCACCACGUGGACGGGCUCGAGCUGCACCUUACGCCGAUCCAGUACCUGCUGAAGCUGUUCACGCGCGCGGACGAGCAGCAGGUCCGCGCGCAGCUGGGGCUGUACGGUGUCUCCGAGAAGCUGGCGCAGCAGCCGAUGUACACGCUGUCGGGCGGGCAGAAGUCGCGCGUCGCGUUUGCGCGCAUCACGUGGAGCAAGCCGCACGUGCUGCUGCUGGACGAGCCGAGCAACCACUUGGAUAUCGAGGCGGUGGACGCGUUGAUUUCGGCGCUGUAUGCGUACAGCGGUGCGGUGAUCAUGGUCAGCCACGACCAGCACCUUAUCGAGGCGACUGUGGACGAGAUGUGGAUCGUGGACGACGGGAGGGUGACGCCCUUCCACGGCACGUUCGACGAGUACAAGAAGUCGCUGCGGGCCAAGCUGUGA